AUGCCGGGCGCCGCGGAGGGCACCUCCAGCUCCGGCGCUGGCCCCGACGCCUGCGGCUCUGCGCACCCCGGCACGAUCGCGGUGCGGCUGCUGUCGCUGUCGGGCGCCCCGGUGCAGCUCGAGGCGCUGUCCCUGGAUGCCACCGUGCGGGACCUCGCGCUGCAGGUGCGCGCUCGGCUCGAGAUGCCCAUCUCGGUGCAGCACCUGAUCCUCGGCACGAGCACCCUCGCCGACCCGUCCGCGAGCCUGCGGGACGUCUUCGGCCAGGCCCCGUCGGCAGAGGUCACCGUCGUGAGGCGCCCCUUCACCCCCGAGGACUCGGGGCGCGCGAAGCUCCACACGCAGCUGGUGCGCGCCGUCGCGGCCGGCCAGGCUCAGCAGUUCCGCGAGCUGCUCCUCGAGGGCGCCCAGGUGAAUUUCAGGGCGGAGGGCCACGGGGCGGAGACACCUCCGUGUCGCUGGCGCACUGGGGCCCGCCGGCGGAGGAGGCGGCCCCGCCGGCAGCGCCCGCGAGCGCGGAGAGCCCGGCGGGCGGCGCCGACGGCGCCGGGGGCGGCGGGGCAGAGGACGUCAGCAACAGCGACUCCGACAGCGAGCAGAUGUCCACGGACUCCGAGGCGGACGCCGCGCCCGCCGUGGAGGCCCCGUGCGGGGGCCUCACUCCCGGUGCCCGCUGCUCCCCGUCCUCGCCAUCGCCGUGGGCGACCAGGAGCUGGCGCGGGACCUGCGGCAGUUGGGCGCGCUGGAGCCCGACAUGGCCACGAAGAACGCGGACUUGCCGACCGCGUUCGGCCACAUGGACACCCCGACUUUGUUGAUAUCGUGAAGCACCUGGCGGCGGGCGCAGACGUGAACGCCCGGCUGUCGCGACGCCAGGGCAUCGUGGACACGAGCGAGGGCGCGCCGCUGCACGCGUGCGCGGCCCAAUUCCGCCGCCCUGGGGCCUUCGAGGUGGCGCAGAUACUCGUCCGGAAGGGCGCAGGACAUGAGCUCCGCCGACUCGGAGGGAGACAAUCCGGUGGCGCACGCCAGGUAUUUUGGCGCCACUGA